AUGGAAACUCCGGAGACUGGUCCUUUCAAGGCUUUCGUUGGAAACUUGCCUUUCGAUUGCACUCAUGGUGACAUCGAGCAUAUUCUCCGUUCAGGAUGCCAGUUUUCAGAUGAAGAGCUGUCAAAAUGUGAGAUUCGAUUAGUUCGUGAUAAGGAAACUGAUCAAUUCCGUGGUUUCGGAUAUGUUGAAGUUGCUAGUGCUCAACAGCUUCAAGCGCUACUUGGGCUUGAUGGAAUUGAAUAUGGUAACAGAAGUCUCAGGAUUGAUUUAGCUACAACCAAAGCCCGGACUGGAGGACCCGGUGGCAGAGGUGGCCGAGGAGGAGGACGUGAUGGCGGCCGUGAAGGUGGUCGUGAUGGCGGACGGGAAGGUGGACGUGAUCUUGGCCGUGAUGGCCAAGGUGGACAUAGAGACUUUGGUGGUCAUGGAGGCUCUAGAGGAGGUGGAAGCAGAGGAGGCGGACGUGGUGGUAAUGGAGGAUUCCAAGUGGUAGGAAGAGGAGGCCGUGUGCAAACCGGCCGACAGGAAGGAAGAAGGCGCAAUAGUCAUAGAGAUGAAGUAAUUAGCGAUGAUCCUAAUAUCGAGGCUGAACGUCCUCGUUUGGUUCUUAAGCCACCUUCAACUGAUCCUGCUGAGUUGGAAGCCAAAAAGAAGAGAGAGGCUGAAGAAGAAGCUGCUAGAAGAGCCAAGCUUUUCCAAGCAUAA